UGUUUCAGUUGCACGCAGUGUUUGACUGGUUGGAAACGCGAGAAAUGCGAUCUGAUCGAUUGUGUACAUGGAGAGCCGGAUAACUCAGAACAAAAGUGCAUUUGCGAGCGACCGUACAGUGGUCAGUUUUGCGAAGCCCUGCAAACUGCUGACGUUUAUUCCUAUUACAACCACAAGGUGGUAGCGCUUGGACCAAUUGGUGCGCUAUCAAUAAUACCGCUCCUGAUUAUUUUAUACGGAUGCGAACGGACAGAAAAAUUUCGACAAAUUCGACGUGUUGAAAAGCAACUGUACGUACAAAAUAUCGUUGCCAACCGCCGUAAUAUAUCCACACUGCUUACUUCCAAAACCAAAACAAUAAACGCUUAG